GCUGGUUGGCCUCGAGUUUAGCGCGGAGAUCGUCCGGAUAGAGCCAGGUAGCUCCUGCUGCAUGCUGCUCCUGACUGAUGGGGCCAACGACCUCACGGCUGCUCAGAUUUCUGAGGCUGUGGCCGAGCACCAGGGGCGGCCGAAGGCUGUGGCGACACAGCUGGCUGCUGCUUGUCAGAAGCAAGGUUCCUCCAAAGAGGGGUCUGAGAGCCCAUCGCUAGGCAUACUCACGGCUUUUUUCUCACUCAAGGCGCCGGAGGAGGCUCCUCAGCCGGCGGAGAAUGAGGACACCAAGAAGAGGAAAGCUCCAGAAAAAGAAGUCGCGGUGGUGGUCGGUCCACAGCCUGGUGGCGGAAUGCCGAACCGCAUUCGCGUGGCCCACAUACUCAUGAAGUGGGAGUCCCUCACCGCGCACGAUUCCAAUGCCCGCCGGGCUGCGCGGAAGGGGCGAACUCAGGCAGAUGCCGAGAAGGAGCUCCUGAAGCUGCUUCAGGUCUUGAACGCCAUGCCGCACGGUACGCCAGCUGAAGGCAAGAAGCUCUCGGCCAAGUUCGCUGAGCUGUGCAAGGCGCACUCGGAUUGCAACUCCGCUAACAGCGGCCACAUGGCCGACCUGGGUUGGAUCGUGCCCGGCCAGUCCGACAAAGACUUCGAAGCCGCGGCCUUCGACCUCCCGGUCGGAGCCAUUAGCGACAUUGUGAUCUCGCAGAGGGGUGCCCACCUCAUCCACCGCCUAGCAUGA